ACAGCUGGUUGGCCGAUGGUUUCGUUGCCACCCCCACGAAUGUUCAUCAGCUCGUUGAUCUUACUCGCAGCAUCGAUCGUUCUUUCGUUUGCUGAGGAUUUGUCGUCGAAUGAUGCGCUCUCUAUCAAACGUGCUCCGAUGGGUUUUCAAGGUAUGCGUGGUAAAAAAGAUGAGCUCUCGUCUAUUCAGCACGGUGGUCUAUCUAAAAGAGCACCCAUGGGUUUCCAGGGUAUGCGUGGGAAAAAGGAUUUAAUCAACGAGGACGAUUUUCUACAUGAGGUAGAAACAUCUGAUAAACGAGCACUUAUGGGAUUACAAGACAUGAGAGGAGAAAAUAAUUUUCUAAUUCCUGAUUUCGAGGAUGCUUAUUUUCAAGAUACUUAUGAGAAGCGAGCACCAAUGGGAUUUCAAGGUAUGAGAGGAAAGAAAGCUAUGUUUGAUGAGGAAUAUUACAAACGUGCACCAAUGGGAUUUCAAGGAAUGAGAGGAAAGAAAUCUCUCGAAGAAGUACUAGAGGAGAUCGAGAAGAGAGCGUCAAUGGGAUUCCAAGGUACGAGGGGUAAGCAAACCUACUUGUUCGACUAUCCAGAAGAAAACGAGAAACGGGUAUUGCCGAUGGGAUUUCAAGGUAUACGUGGAAAGAAGGAAGCAUUCCCAAUGGACUGGGAGAAAAGAGCUCCCAUGGGAUUUCAGGGAAUGAGAGGAAAGAAGACUCUCUACGAUGAAAUAAUAGAGGAACUAGAAAAACGUGCUAUUAUGGGUUUACAGGAUAUUCAAGGAAGGGAGGAGAUCAAUGACAAUUACGUGGAUUCAAUCGAUUACGAGAAAAGAGCGCCCAUGGGUUUCCAAGGUAUGAGGGGUAAAAAGGACGGUGACAAACGUGCACCUAUGGGUUUCCAAGGUAUGAGAGGCAAACGGAACAUCGUACAACUUUAUGGAAUCAAUGGAAAAGCAACGCAGACGGAAUUCCAAGGCGAUACAAACGAUAGAAGAGACGGCAUAUUGUCAUACCAAUUUGAAAAGCGAUCGCCCUACCGAUAUUUCGGGAUCCGUGGUAAGAAAAAUCCACAAUGGGAGAUUCGGGGAAAGUUCGUAGGCGUGAGAGGCAAAAAAUGGGCGAAGGCUCCGUACGUGGACAACGGCAGCCUCAAAAAUGUCUUUGAUAACAUCAAAAGGAUCGACGUGAAGACGGGCCCGACGGUAGCAUUAGACGCCCAGUAAUGGCACCAAUUGUAAACCUUACAAUCGUUACAGGCUGUCUCCCUUAAGUUAAGUCGACCUAUCUGACAAAAACGGCGAAUUACGGACAGGGUGAGCCGAAUGCGAAGUUUAAUCCGUUGAUUUCAACUAGAAAUAAUUAUUAGAGCACAAAUUUCUUUUUUUUUUUCUUUUUCUUGUCGUAGUGCUUUACUAUCUAGUCAAUAUAACAUAUAAUAGAUAAUUCGUACGCCAAAAUGAACAAAAAAAAAGAACAAAAAGAAAAAAGGAAAAAAAAAGAAAAAAACUAAAAUAAAAAAGAACCACCUUAUUUAACUUGCAUUUCCCCAAAGGAAUGCAGAUGCUAGAAUCAAAGAACGAAAAAAAUUGUGACUGUUCAUGCGAAAGCACUUUGAAAAAAGCCUAUAUCAGUAUUAUCGUUAACUUGAGCGAUUACCGAUUAUUUAAGAGUGAGAGUGAGAGAGAGUGUAUGAAAAAAUUAAAGAGAGAAAGAGAGAGAAAAAGAAAGAAUGUAUGAAAAAGUUAGACAGAGAGAGAGAGAGAGAGAAAGUUACCUUAUUUUUCGUUCCUAGACAUAUAGUAAGAGGCUAUAGCAAAGCAAUUGAAUGUCCCAAAUCCUAAACAAACAUGCAUAACAAUGAUAUGAAUAUAAGAGUAAAUGGUAAAAAAAAAAAAUAUUUAAUACACACAUAUACACAUAUACACAACAUACAAGAACAUAUACAUAAAUAUUAGGUGUUUCAUUUUAAAAGAUAUGCUCGAAUGUCUCCGAUCUUACUGUAUUAUGGUACGAAUAAAUGUUUCAAAUAGAAGUUGUUACGUUUCGAAGAGAAAACGUAAUAUAUAUUACACUUUCUUCUUAGAAGACAUUGUUGUCAAGAUACGAAAAUCAUAACAAUUUUUUUUAAAUGGAUAUCUGAAGCUAACAAAAGUUAUGGAGAAUACCAAUACGAGUCCAACCAGCACUUACAUUGUACCUUGUCAUUGAUAUUUCAUCAAGUUAUGGCACUUUGAAUUUUAACGUGAUCAAUUUUCGUGUAAAUAUUUUGCUGAUAACCGAUGAAUUCAGCAAUCAAUUUUUCUUUUAUUUCUUUUUUACUUUAUUUAUCUGUGCUUAUACAUUUUUGAAAUUGUAAUCACUAGAAACACAUCAGAGGUCAUAAAUAAUAUUAUUAUAAUUACUUCAUAAUAUCAUAAUUUGAUAAAAUAUCGAUAAACUAAAUACUUAUAUUGUAAAUACUCUUUGAAUUCGUAGUGAUAUUCUUUACAACUUCUAUUCGGCUUAAAAUAUACGUUUAUAUUUCAAAAAAUUAUUAUAACUUUCGUAUGUAAACAAUAGCAUUCUUUAUAAAAUAGUUACAAUAAAUUUCUUUUCCAAAAUACUAGUAACUCUUAUAUGAAAAAUUUAGUUAUUAAACUAAUAGAAAUAGAGAUAUUUGGCCAUAUCGUUUAAAAUGAGUAACCUAUGUAGCGAUAGAUAGGAACUAUAUUUUUCUCUGAAUGUUAUAAACUAAAUAUAUCUAUAUCUAUAUUUGUGUACCUCGCAAAAGUGAUAUUUUUCUUUUUAACAUAUAUCAUAUUUUGGUCAUCUGCAAUGCUACACAAUAUCUAUAUAUCUAAUUUAGUCCUAAACAUACCAAUAUUGGCAAGAAUUUAUCUUAUACUAGUAUUCAUAUAAUAUCAAAAAAUCUGAACUAUAUACCUCCCUAUAUAAUUUCUUAGAAUAGCAAAUGCGAGUCGAAGUUGAAGGAAACUAUUACCAAAAAUAUCAAACUGAUGUGACAUGAUGGAAUGGAAUAAGUGUGAUACUACUUUACAUUUCUUAUGCAGCUGAUGUACCUGAAAUGCACAAAUUACUUUUCUCUGUACCUCUUCAAAAAAAAAUCGCUAUUCCUUCUACGAAGUGGGAUGUUUUUGGUGAAUGCUUCUAGUAAGCUCGAUCAGCGAAUUUCUUAGGCUGGAAGAGGAACAAGAUUGCUUUGUACUUUAAUUCUUAAUCCUAGUCCUAAACAUAAUCUAAUAUAGUCUUACAUAUUUUAUGAUUAAGGCACAAAUAUGAAAAAUCUUUAUUCGACAAUGACUAGCAUUGAAAGAAAAUGAAAGAAAAAAGUCUUUAUUAGGCUAAUGAAUCUAUCGACAAGUUAGUUGAAAUAUGUCCUACAAUAUUCUAUAACUACAAAUUGUAGAUUAAAGAAAGUAUCUCCUAACAAUAAGAUGCACUAUUAUCAUAUGCUUGGUGACCAAAGUAUGGUAAACAAAUAAAAUAAUACAAAAGAUUCUAAUAUAUUUUUUUCAUUUUCUUGAAAUUAAACUGUAACAGAUUCUUUAAUUGAAAUUUUCUGAUUAUAAAGAAAUAUUUUUAUAUUCAGUAAUUUUUUUUAUAUUCAAUAAUAUGUAAAUAUACUUUAAAACAUGCUUUUUAAUUUUUUGUAAUAUUACUUAUUAAUUAUGCUUUUAUUUAACAUUUCAUUCGGAUAAAUUAUUAUAUGCAUUAAUGAUAUCCUGUUAUGUAACAAAAGUUGUAAAAUAACUGGAGUCAUAGUACCUAAAUAAAUUUAGCAAAAUAUACUGUCAUACAUCUCACAUAUUAUUGAAUGUUAAUGAACUUUGUUUUUUUCUAAUCUAUGCUAAAACGUAAUUCAUAAUCUUAAAAUAUACCAUGUCGUUCAAAAUUGAUUCUUUGUUUACCUGUUAAUAUUUCUUUACAAAUUUAUCUAGUAGAUCAAGUUUACUUUUUAAUUAUAUAAUAUCUUAUAUGAAAAUUUAAUUGUUAGCUACAAUGAAUUAAAAAUAAUUCAUGCAAAAAUAUGUUCCAAUAUGUUGUAUUUUGGGCGAAAUGAUUGACUGGGUGCUAUGAUGAAAAAACUAUAAAAGUGUAUAUAACGCAAAGAAUAAUUAUGACGAUUAGUAAAAUGAUUAUUAUGUAUGUACACAUAUCGAUGUACUAUAUAAAUAUAUGUCUACGUACAAUUGAAUGAAGAA